AUGGCUCAGGCUGGAUCUCAUGACGUGCAAGGUCCUUUGAGAAAUGUAUCGUUGAGAGUGUCUCAAGUAUUCUCGGCAUGCAGCUUCUGCAAAAGUCGAAAGAUCAAGUGUGAUGGGGCUACGCCAGCUUGCGACCGUUGUGUAAGGUCUGGUCGUCAAGAUACUUGCUCUCUCCAGGAUGACACAUCCAAUCGUGGAAGAGAUUACCAUACAUUCCUCUUACAAAAGAUCGCCAAUGCUAAGCAGCGACUUGAUGAAGCACAGACAGGACAAGAUGGUCCCUCGUCUCUACCAUCAAGACCGCAAGCACAGGAGAGUUCAAUGAUCGAUUCUCUGGUCAAUGAUAUAGAAGCCCUUCCAAUCAUUCAAUGCUCGUACGCAUCCGCCACAGGAGGCCCGACACUCUCUACCCUUGUGUUGGCUACCGCAGGUACUGAUCAGAUCUCGUCAUCUACGCUCCACGAGGCCCAGCAGAAUGAGAUGACACCUUGCUUGCCCAAAGAAUCUACGGCGUUGAGCCUUGCGAAACACUACUUUGACAACGUAUACCCUCGUCUUCCCUUCUUCUCUAUCCAGGGGUUUUGGGUCCAAUUUCAACAUGUCUUCUCCGGCGCCUCGGCUUCUGUACAAAACGGAGAUACUCACCAUCCACCAAACCCAAUCAGCAUCCUGUCACCCAGUGUAGAAGACUUCGAUAGCUCAUCCCUGAGCCACGGCUAUAGCUAUUUUACUGUCCUAUUAGUAUUGGCAAUAUCAGCUUCCAGCCUCUCACGUAGUGCAGAUAGUGUCAUAUCAGCACAGGCAGAAAGACUCUUCCGAAAUGCAUUGGCGUUUCGUGAGUCUGCCAUUAUACCAAGCAGCAUAAUUGGAGUACAGUCUAUCUUGUUCCUCAUACAAUUCGCGACCUUGAAUCCCUCACUGCUCGACGCAUGGUAUCUCAUUGGCGUUGGUAUGCGUAUGUGCGUCGACCUUGGGCUCCAUCAAGAUCCUCAACCUCCAGAUUCGAUCGAAGUAAGCUUGUUGGAAACGCGACGUCGUCUGUGGUGGAGCGUCUAUGCCUUUGACCGGUCGAUGAGUCUAGGAUGUGGGCGUCCCACAGAGUUAUCAGACUCGGCCAUCAGCGUGUCCUUGCCAACGUUCCGAAUCGAGAUCCCGGCUACGCCGGUUGAGAUUCAUGGGUACUUACAGCGCUAUCGUGCCUUACAGCUUCAGUCUGAGAUUUAUAACUCCCUCAAUGACAGUACAGACGCAGAUACGCAUGUCGCACGAGAGACACUCAUGAGGCUUUCCCACAAGUUGAGAAGGUGGAAAGAAGCAAGCUCCCAGCUACCCACGAGGACUCUACUGGAAAGCGAAUGGCUGAUGGGCCGCAUGCUUUUACUGAGACCAUGCAGGUUACUUCCCGACAGAACAACGGCCGAGCUCAACGAGCUAUGGCAUUCCGCAAUCGGAUUUAUUGGCCUUUAUCGCCGCUUAGUGGAAACGAAUUCCAUAUUCUAUGUUCAGGUCGCGUGCGAAAAGGUGUAUUGGACAGGUCUCAUGGCCCUUUACAGUUUCUGGAAUCUUCGUGCAAGGCCAGAUGAGAGUCGGGGUGACUUACGGACACUAAAUAUCUGGGUCCUGGUCAGAGAUACCAUGUUCAUUUUGCGGAGCCUGAGUGAGCGAUGGGAGCAGGGGAGACUCCUCUGCUCAACAUUCGACUCACUGACGACAAACAUUAUGGAGAUUGUGGGCACGAAUCAAGAUCUUGGACCAGUACACAAGUCUAACUACGAUCUGGGCUUCUAG